AGCAGGAACCCAGCAGGAGUUUCACUCUUAGAGUUUGCCAGAGCGAGUGAUAUGGUGGUUGCUAACUCUUGUUUCCCAAAACGAGGCGUUCAUUUGGCUACAUUUGUUAGUGGAGUGGGGACGACACAGAUCGACUAUUUUCUCCUGCGCAGGUGUGAUCGAGUGCUCUGCAAGGAUGCUAAAGUAGUUCCGAGUGAAAACAUCACAACCCAACACAAGCUUCUCGUGAUGGAUGUCAUGAUCAAAUGGGUGAAACAUAGGAGAGCUUCGAGUGGCAACACACAAAUCCGGUGGGGGAGACUAAGUGGGGAGAAUAUCUCUGAGUUGAUCAGGCGAGUGCAGGAGAAAGGUGCGUGGGAAUCGGCCGGAGAGGCUACAGAUAUGUGGAAGCAGACUGCUAACUGCAUCAGGGAAACAGCCAGGGAAGUGUUAGGUGUGAGCUCUGGCUCUGGGAGUAGGCAUCAGGGUGAUUGGUGGUGGAGCGAUUCAGUCCGUAUUAAGGUGGAAGCUAAGAAGGUGGCAUAUUUGAGGUACAUGGGCUGCAAUGUUGAGGAAGAAAGAACGGCGUUACGAGUGGAGUACAAGAAGGCACGUACAGAAGCCAAGUUAGAGGUUACGAGAGCAAAGAAUGCCGCGUUUGAACGCCUCUACAAGGAUAUUGAGGAGAAAGGCGGUGUUAAUACACUGUUCCGGCUUGCUAAGGUGCGUGAGAGGAAGGCCCGAGAUCUGGACCACGUCAGAUGCGUGAAGGGGAGCGAUGGUAGAGUGUUAGUUGAGACUGCCAAAGUGGUUAAGCGCUGGGGGGAGUACUUUUGUGAUCUCUUAAAUGCGGGAGGAGACCAGAGGCUAGUUUUUGAUGAGCUGGGGCAGUCCGGGGCGUCUCGUGUGUAUUGUCGGCGCAUUUGCCUGGGAGAGGUGGUUCGGGCUCUCCGAGGGAUGCGUAGUGGGAGAGCUUUGGGACCAGAUGAGAUUCCGGUGGAGUUUUGGAAGCAUGCGGGCCGUGGUGCGUGGGUUUGGUUAACCAAACUCUUCAAUGUUAUCUUUCGGACAGCAAGGAUGCCUGAUGAGUGGAGGGAGAGUCUCUUGGUCCCCUUGUUUAAAGGAUUCAGAAUAAGUAGGAACAAGACUGAAUACAUGGAAUGUCGUUUCAGCGGCCGGGAAACAGAAUCAGAAGUGGAAGUUAGGAUUGACUCUCACGUAGUACCUAAGGUAGACAGGUUCCGAUAUCUUGGCUCGGUAAUCCAGGCAGAUGGGGAAUUAGACGGGGAUGUUGGACAUCGUGUUGGAGUGGCUUGGGCCAAAUGGCGGUUGGCCUCAGGGGUGUUGUGUGACCUGAAGAUUUCGCCCAGGAUGAAAGGUAAGUUCUACCGAUCCGUAGUCAGACCUGCUAUGUUAUACGCGGCAGAGUGUUGGGCGGUUAAGAAGACUCAUGUGCGUCGUUUGCAUGCGGCAGAGAUGCGGAUGUUAAGAUGGAUGUGUGGGAAGACAAGGUUGGAUAGGAUUUCGAACGAAGUUAUCCGACGUCAGGUAGGCAUGGCGCCGGUGGAGGAUAAGUUGCGGGAAGCGAGGUUGAGAUGGUUUGGGCAUGUGAGACGGUGGGAUGUUGAUGCCCCUGUGCGGAGGUGCGAGAGGAUCACAGUUAUCGGGGGAAGUAGGGGAAGGGGUAGACCUAGGAAGAAUUGGAAGAAGGUGAUUAGGCAGGAUUUAGGACUUCUCACCCUGACUGAGGAUAUGGCCUUAGAUAGGAACCUUUGGAGGACUAGGAUUAGAGUAGCUGGUUAGGAGCUCGGUGCUGUAGAGGUUUUUGUAGUGUGUUGUGUUUGUUUGGUAUCUUCUACUUUUGCUUGCUGGACUUUCAUUUCAUUGUACUUGGUUGAGCCGGGGGUCUCUUGGAAACAGCCUCCCUACUUUCGAGUAGGGGCAAGUCUGCGUACACACACCCUCCCCAGACCCUACUGUAGUGGGAUUCAACUGGGUUGUUGUUGUUGUUGUAUCUGUAAUGGGAAUUAGUGUAUAUUUUCCAAAAUUUUUAAUUCUCAGAUUGUAGGAGAACUUUUAUUAUUACGGAGUAUCAAUUUUUCUAAAUACUCUCAUCGUUUGGAUUUAGUCUCCGAAUUGUACAUUUUCAUUUGGUCAAUUUCUCUUUAACUUAUUUUUUCAACUUAUUCCGUAUUAUUUAUGCUUAUCAGAAUCAGAUCAAAUUAGCUAUAUUUCCAAUACAUUUACUUCCUAAGU